AGCACCUUGCAUACAGCCACAAUGUUGCUACGCACUCAAGACAGACGUCCUCUCCUUGGAUUUUCAGCGCUAUUAACACAAAGUAUUACCCAUCAAAGACAAUCUGCAUCUACAGUGAUUCCAAAAGAAUCCAUCUUUACAUUACAUUCUCUAACUUCACCACCUCCGUGGGCAACACAGGCACUUUCCAAUCUGGAACAGGGAGAAAGAGAACUGCAAAGUCUCAGGGAACGCCAGCAGGCUGAGGUGGAUGAGGUGAAUCGGGAAUUGGACAAUGCAGCAAUCGACGCCCAGAGGGAAGAACGUCGUCUCCUUGAGAAGAUUGAGGGGGAACAUAGAGAAGCCCAGCGUCUUUUGAGUCAGGUGAAGAGAGAAAAUGCAGCAGCUGUGAGGGUUGUCCAAUCCCUUAUUGACCAGCAGCUUCGGAAAAUGUGGCAGCUAAAGGAGCAGAUACAACGAUGGGGCAGUACAGCAGGGGGUGCCAACAAAAAUCAGCUACAAAGAGGGGUAGCAGAGGUCACCCAGCCUUGGGAAAUCUCUCUUACAAUUAAAAGGGUCGGCUUCCUACCGACCGAAUCCAAAAAUCUAUGCUUGGGGGAGGUCAACGUCUAUGAGCAAGGUAUCAAUUAUCCAAUCGGUGUUUGUGGCGUCCAAGGCCAGAAAUGUGCACUGCACUCAGGAGACUCAACAUUUUCAAACGUCACCCCACUGGAAAUCCGUAAAGAACCUUCAACACUCAAAGCUGGGCAAAGACAUAAUCCAGAGGACAGCACAAAGACAAAGAAUGGAAACCUGCAAAUUGCUCAGAAACAAAAAAUGUUAAGCUCUACAUUGAAUGUGGAGCUCAGAUCAUCAAUAUCUCCCACACCGAGGCACCGUGGAGUAUCAGAGUCCUCCCAAGAGGAGGAGGAGAACUCGAAGUGCUCAGACAUACAUGGAAGAGAGCUUGCAAAUGCUACUGCAUCAUUCUCAAGUCAAGGAGAAUCUGAAGGUGAUGAACCAAAUGGCAAAUGGGAUGGAACAGAGAGAUGUUCCACUGUAAAAGGAAAGAAAAAGAAAAAAGGCUUUGCCCUUAUCUCAUGUGACCAAACAUCCUUCCCCCUUGAAAGUGAUUCCCUUUCCAGCAACAGUGUUGGAUUCCUUUCCUCGAGAGCUAAUUUAUUUUCUGAUAAAGCCCUAUCCAUAUCAAAUGAAUCAAAGAACAACGUGAGUCCUAUAUCCCCAACAGCCAGUGAGGAUUCAUGUUUCACUUACACUGUGAAUGUACCAGUCAACGGAUCCCUCAGGCAGGAGCACCACCACUCACUUUCUUCUGACAAGUUCUCGGGUAAACUAAGUCCUGUAAGCCCCGGUGACAAAGGUCUCUGUGGAGCUAUUAGGAAAGUCAACAAAAUGCGACUGACAGCUGAACCAUCAACAUUUGAACUAGGCCAGGGACAUGGUUCAGAGUCAGAAACAGACAGCAACACUACAUAUGCUGAGAAACCACAUUCCAGACCCCAGACGCCCGUUCCAAAGGUGUUUGUCUUAAAUCCUGUGAAUCAAUCUCCAUCGGUGACGGAUGAAGAAUUUGAGGAAUCAAAGCAGUACAAAAAUUAUAACAAAGAGAAAGAUGUUGCAGAAUUGAGGGCGUUGGAGGAAGAGAGUUUUCCUGCAUUUAGCUCAGCUUUUCUAGUUAAACAAUUUGGAAAACAAGGAUCAGGACGCACAGAUUUCAACUUGCCAAGUGGCGUACAUGCAACAGCUAAAGGGCAGCUGUUCGUGGUGGACUGUGGAAAUGCCCGAAUUCAGGUGACCGACCUCCAGAAGAAUGUUGUGCAGCAAGUGUCCACUUCCGGGACAGAGAGAUCUUCCCGUAUCUGCAAUUACUUUGAUGUGGCCGUCAACUCGAAAGGACUCAUUGCUUUGACCUGCGCAGCUGAGCGAGCAGUGCUAGUCUUCAACCGUCACGGGCGGCUACUGCAGACUUUUGGGGGCACAACAAGUGGCACCACCAAUGAAGAACUGGAUGCUCCUCGUGGAGUGACUGUUAACCGGCAAGAUGAUUUCUUGAUUGCUGACAUUAAGCGUGGCACCGUCACUGCUCUGAAACUGGACUCCAAAUCUGGGGCCAGGCUAGAGCGUACAGUUGUCAAUGGUUACCACAGGCCAUACCUGGUGGCAGCCUGUCUCACAACUGGCCUCAUGGCGCUGUCAGAAAGAGGCAACGAGACUGGCCGUGUGCCAUGUAUUCGUGUCUUGGGGCCUGGAUGGAACACAAUACGAAUCUUGGGGGUCUGCUCCGGCCUCGGGCCUGUCCUGUCCUGCCCUUGGGGGCUUUGUAUCGACAGCAAUGGGGAUGUACUGGUCGCAGAUUGGGGGAAGCAGCACCACCAAAUUAUUCUCUACCCAUCUAAGGGUGCUGGCUGGCCACUAGUGACGGACAACCUGAAAAGCCCAAGAGGUCUAUCUCUGCUCCCUGAUGGUCACAUGGUAGUGUCGGACAGCAUGAAUCAUUCUGUCAAGAUAUAUCGCUACAAAUGACUCCAAGAGGAUUAAGAAGACCAGAAAAUAUUUGUAGUAAAGUCUUUGAUUAACUUGAAGAGUAUGUGUGAAGUAACCCACAUUCAGUUAAAUUAGUCGAGACUGCUCACUACUACAGUUAUCUACAAACUGUUUUCACAAAUGGAGCAUGGAAAUGUCUUUUUUUUUUCUUCAAGCAUAAAGUAUAUAUCUGAUUAAAUGCCACUCAUAUAUCUGAUCAAAAGUUAUUAAAUGAAAA